UUGAAGUUAGGUUGAAAAGUGUUUAUGAGGUGCAAGCAUGAAGCUGUUUGAUUUACCUUACAAUUUUAACAAAAACGCGGUGACUUUUUAUCAAUUGAAUCACUUGUGACAUUCAAAGUGCUUUUCGGAUCUUUUGUUCGUUAUCUACCUUUUAAAUCAGUGCUAAUAUUGUGAUGUGACUGUUUAUUAACGAAACCAAACUCUUCCCUCCAUCGAGGUGCUUUCUAAGGGCUUCUUCAUUUGAAGCUUUUAUCACAUGCAAACUGAAAGCCACCCAUGAAAAGAUGUCUAUUCUUUCAGACAGUGUUUUCUUACUCAAAGUUAACAAUUUUCUUUGUGCUAGCUUAAAAUUCAAGCAAGUGUCUCCCUGACAUUACAUUUUGACUUAGUUUGAAAGAUUCCUAAUAAACUGUUGCAGCCAUUUUUGUUUCGAACCAACUCCACAACUUUCUGUCAUGGAGAAUGAGCCACCGAAUGCAGAAAAAUCAGAAGAAGUCCUUGGCUCUGUAACUCAUUGCUAUGACAUUGAAAAUGGAGACAAGACGGGCAGCGUACAGUUGCGAACAAGUGCCAGGGUCUCCAAAAAAAUGCGGCUGGAUUCCACCGCAGCUGCUGUCCCUCCACCUACUGCAGAUAUCAAAGAUACGAAAGAUGAAACGAAAACUCCUGAACCGAAGCCAAAAAUUCGUAGAGCUCCAGAGUUGUGGUCAACAGAGGACAAGAACUUAUUUUUUGAAGCAUUGAACGAAUAUGGAAAGGACUUUGAUGCCAUUCAAAACUACAUGCUGUCAAAAUCCAAGAAACGAGGUGUUGGUGACCAUGUUGCUAAAAAUAGAGAUCAAGCACGUCAUUUUUACCACAGAACUUGGCACAAAAUUUCCAAGCAUCUCAAGUUUCCUGAAGGUAUCAAAAAACCAACUCAAGAAUUGUAUGCGCUAAUUAACUUUGGAGAGAUCAGAAAAAAAAUUGGUUUCUUGUCUGAGAAGAAUUCUUCAAAAUUAAUCGAAUUGAUCUACACAGGCUCUACUAAGAUUCGAAUCAAAGGAAAAACUUGGAGAAUUAAAACUCCCCCUUGCCGAGCUUUGCGAAAGUUAAAUCAGCUUGAAGAGUCAUCUGAAGAUUUUAAGUUACCAACAAAAAUUUGCGUGGAAUUAGUACCUCGUGACAAUUCAACAUGGUUGUCGGUUCAAUCCAUAGCAAUGAAUCCCCGCGUUCGUGCAAAUGUUUCUCUGCACAACAGGCUUGCCACAUUAAUUGAGUACCUUCAGCAAAAGUGGAAAUCUCCUCAUCUAAAACUUAGGGAUAAAAUAAUCAAUUCCUCGCAGGUCAAUGCAAGUGAUUAUGAAAUAAGUGAGCCUGACUCAAUCCUUAGGGUUGCUCCGAAGCCUAACACAAAUAUUUUUCACCCAUCAUUUAGGAUUAACGAAUUCAUUCCAAGCUCUAAAAUUAGCCUUCUGAGGCACGAGCAACAAUUUGGGACUACUGGUGAAUCCAUUUCGUCUUUACUCGAGCAGCUCAAAUCAAAACAACUGAAGCCUGGCAAAAAUGCUGUGAAGAGACAACGAGCUGAUAGUGCAAGUGAUAAAGUAUCAACUCUGCAACCCAUAAGUUCCACGAGCACAGCAGUUCCAACCACGUCUGCAUCCUCAGUCAUGACUCCCAAAACUGCUGCCGAACCAGAGCUGAUCAGCGAAAACAACAACAAGCCAGUUCCUAUUUUAGAGGACGAAAUCGUCCAGUGUGCUGUUGACAACCUUUUGUCUUUCAAAUCUGAAAAUGAGAAAAAAUCCUCCGAAAAUGAAACUAGUCCUGAUAAGACUGAUGGAAAGUCUGGGAGUAUUACAGGAGACUGGACUAGUCCCAACAAAGAUGAACACCCAGAAGAACUAGAUCAUGAGGUAGAUGAAACCUCAGGCGAUCAAGAAAAACAUGAAGACUUUGUGCGUCGAAUUUCCAAAGGUUGGACGCAGCACAAUGCUGAAUCAAUCAGGAUUGGAGAUCUAUACCUCAUGUUUGGUAGUGACUCCAAAAUUCAUCUUGAAUAUUGGUGGGAAGAAGCCCCCAAAGUGUCCGUAAAUUCACCGAAGGAAAAUGGGACUUUAACAGAGAUCACCAAUGUUGCCACUUCAUCAGACUGCCCAAAUAGUUCCAAGACUGCUUGCAAAUCAAAUCCUCCCAGCGUAUCCAAAGAGCCUGAAUCCAAGGCAUCAUCUUCUGUCUCGUCAGUGUUACAAAAACUUGUUUGUAUUGCCAAACUCAGCCUGUUGAAACCAAAGGCUGAGUGCACCUGUGGCCAUGUAUGUGGUGGGCCAAACCAGAAUAAAUCAAGCGCCAAGAAUAAAGCAAGCUCAAAAGUUCAGAAAAAUGAUCUCAAUGAAAAAUCAACAAGUAAUCAUAGUGCUGUAAUUCUAAACGGAGUGAACACAGCCAUUGGAAGCACCGUCUCCGUAUCAACAACUGAAGUAUUCAGGAAGCCUACAUUAGUACCAAUUGAAGCAAGGCCUAAUCAAGAUCCAACGCCUAGUUCUGUUCAAGCAUUCAAAGCACAACUGGAUAAAUUUUGUCCAAGGUUCAGCAAUCGUCGUGGACGAGCAGGAAACAGGUUGAAGAAUUCAAACAAUUUAGUAGUCCAGCGAAUGCUGCCACUGUUGCCCAAAACAUCUCCUUUGGGUAAUCACUCAGUAGUCACAAUGAGGGUGCUUCCACAGAGCAAUCAACUUGCAGGUGAUUUUGCUCCAAUCAACAAAACCUCUCAGCCGAAGCUCAUCCUACCAAAACAAGAGCAUCCGGUGAAAAUUCUACCAAAGCCUGCCAAACCACCUACCACAGUCUCAAUGCAGCCAACUUCUGUAUCUGUGUUAAAUCUUAUGGGCCAGCCUGUGUCUCAAGUAGAAGGGUCCAAGCCUUGCGAUCCUAUCAUUGGAGUGGACCAACCAAAUAGACAGUCAGAUGAUGAUCCGUCUCUUCUCUUAAACGAUCUAUCCAACCUUUCAACAUUAAUGCGUUCAAUACCACCAUCAGAUCUUUCAUUAAAUUCUUCAACUUUUGAAGGUUUGUUAUCAAACAACAAUGGACCUCAGGCUGAACCUGGACUGUCACAAGAAACACCUUUAUCUAGUCCAACACGUCUGCUGAAAGAUGAUGAAAAUAAUUGGCUCAGUUCAGAGGUGGGCGAUUUCUCUUUUAGUAGUUUCCUUGGUCAUUUGGAAUCAUCACCAAUGAAGAGUUCAAGCAAUAAUGAAGAAUCUAAAUUAAUGUCAGACGUGGAGGCGCAGCUGCAGUGUUUGAUGAGUGAAAACAGUGUGGAUUACACAGCCAAGUUUGCGGACUUAGCAGCUCAAAUUGCUGCGGAUACUAAGAAGUAAGAGAUUGUCUUUCCACCAAAUUCUUUUAUCUGGAUUUCUUCUUCCUCUGUCUUGUCAAUUGUUCUACUAUUUUAUAACCUUAAAAAUUCAUGUUGCUGGUAUGACAGCUACGUGAAUUAUCGUCACAUUUUAUUUCUCUGAGAAAAAGCAUCCGUGACCUAUAAUUCAUAAUCUGGUGUAAAUUAAACUGAUUAUUGCUAUUAUGAUAACACUGGGACCAUAGCUACAAAUCAAAUUGAAUGCUGAAAAUUUAACAUCGGCUCCAGUAAUUUGUCUUAUCUUGUUCUUACUUGAUAAACUUCAUGUUUGAAAUUAUUUCCGAAUGGAGUAAAUAAUCGCAGGUUUGCUUAUAUCAAUUCUGUACUUCUUAGGCAAGAAAAUAACUUCUUGAGUUUAUUUUCCUCAAAAAAGUGCAGAACUCUGUCGAAUUUGUGGCUGCUGCUAGAUGACUGUGUAGUUUUAAACUCAAUCGAUCACACUCUCAUUUUCUGACUUUUUGAUCUUUCAAUCUUUUGUUAAUCAGCACUGUCUAGAAAGAAUUUCAGAGGAAAUCCAAGAUCAUAAAAAAAACAAACUUUAAGAUAGCUCUGAAAUUCUAUGGAAAUUCCUGUACAAAAUUAAUUUUUAAACAAAUAUAAGGAACCAACCGUAAGAAGAUUAGGCUGACCUGAAUCUCAUUGGUUGCUGUCAACCUCAAAAUAAGCAAUUUAAGAGCUUAAGAUCAACUUUAUGGGUGGUUCAAGCUAGUACCAACCACAUAGAUCACAAGAAGCUCAUAAUUUUUUUGAAAUAUUUAUGUAACAUUCUCAUGUGCUCGUACUUUGAUAAGUCUUCAUCUUUGAUCUUCAUGUUACAUUUUUCAAAAACCAUUUUAAUUCAUCAUUUUCGGAAACAAUCCUGGUUGGUCUCCAAUUAGAUAUGAGCUAUUUCAUCAGCAGAUUUAAGCGAUUAUUUCAGCUGCUUCUGCUAGGCUGUUUUAUAUUGAUAGUAGUUUAAACGUAGCAGAGAUAAUGGGAGGAAAAUGUAAAAAAUGCACUUUUCUGGGCAAAAUAAGCGAGUUUUCCUAUCAGAUGUUACUUGAAUUAUUAUGCUAAAUAAUCAAAGCUUUUCUACGUUUUAAAGUUUUAAGAGCAGUGAGGCAUUGUCUCAACUGUUGUUGCUAUAGCUGAUUUUGUGCUUUUAUUUACACUAUUUAAAUUAAAUGCUCUUUUAAGAUCAGCGUAAGUUUCAAGUUAAACAAGUUAAAAACAUGUUUCUUUUUAAAUUGGUGCACCUUUCAGUCAGGUACGCAAUCACUCAAAAUUAGUGCUACUCGUUGACUCUUAUUAGCGUGUCCUUGUUUUCCGUCGGUGAUACGGAUGGAACUUGAACUCUAUUCCAUUUGAAGUUCUCAUUGAUAUACGAUUUUUUCUCUCUCGUUUUUCCAAAUUUUAAAAAUCGGCCCAUUUUCGAUUGAAUGAUUUUUACAAAUCAUACUUGUUUCUUUUUUUUCUUUACUAUUCUUUAACGUUUUACUGUUGUUCCUCUUAUUUUGUUUUUGCUUAUCAUCGUGUCAUCUUAUUUUUAUCUCAAGGUCCAGAGGCCUGGAUUUUGGUUGUAUAGUUUGUAUGUUCAAUCCUUUAUUUUUUUACUCAUUACUCUAAAAUUUCUAACACAUUUAGUCCUAUCAAUUAAGUUUUUAGUUGUUGCAUCAGUUUUCCUGCUAAGCUAAUUUUAACCAGGUAAUAAUAAGAUGGCUAGUUUAACAUCUCAUUAAUUGCAUACUUUUCACACUCCUUUCCUGGAGCCACGACAAGUUGACGCCAUAGCUUACUAAACUAUCAUCAAGCACGUGUUCAUUGUCAUGUAAGCAAUGAAGGCAGAUAUCAAGAAUAAGCAGUAGGUCAGAAAAUUUGAUUUGUCUUCCAGAAAGAACUUUUGCUGAUUAAUUUUGAUUUUGUGAAAAAUCUCCCAUCCUAUUUAUUAAGUAAACAUAUACGUAGCUUCAUGUCAAAAUCAUUUGGAUCCAAACAACUGAUUAUAACUGGAUUCGAUGUCAUAGAUGUGUUUCACUUUUUUGUACUAAGUCCGAAGUAGAGUGUUUCUAUCAAAAGAAAUCAUUGGCCAUCACAGAGUGACUUAGCCUCCCAUUGAGUAUUAAAAAAGUUUGAUUUUGUCAAUCAAAAUGUAAUCAAAGAUUGGAAUAACUAAUAGGGAAGGUAUUAAUUUAUCAUUAAACUGCGUCCAACUCAAGGAGUGAUACUGAAAAUGUACAUGAUUUUGACACAUACUCAGCAUACAUUGGGAACUUUUGUUCAAAUGUCAGUUUGAGUUAUACCCUUCUCGGUCUACUCCCUUUCUAAUCAUGAAAUCUGAUUGAUCUUUUAAGACUCUGUCAAAGAAAUAAGCGUCGCCUAAACAGCUCUGCGGUCUGUUGAUUUUAGACUGUGAUCUUAAAAAUUGUUGAUCUGAAUCCGAAGCUCUUGUGGUUUGGAAAAUGUCUAUGAAAUCGUAUCUCAAUUUUUGUUCCUCAUUGUUAUAGACUGAUGGACUAGUGUGAGAGUUUCUUUUAAUUACUAAAAGCAAUAUAUUCUCAUAAUAUCCUUGUAAUUUUUAGCGGCAUAAGUUUUCUCUCUAAAGUAGGCUCUGUUCACAUAAUUCACUUGGUCUUUAGUAUUACCUCAACGUAAUACGUAUUAAUACAUAUUGACAGGUGGUUCAAACUCUCUGUCAGAAUUUCAAAUCUCACCUUGAUUUUUGUAAGAAUUUUGUAUUCAGUUGUGUCCUAGUGUAGUAAGCAUAUCAUUUUAUUUGCAUUGUGACUUUUUUGGAAUUCACACAACUAGCAAAAAAUAAAGUCCUUUCCAGGGUCCAUUUAUUAAGAUAUAUAUAUUCCCAGUUUCCAAAUUCUGUCAUGAUAUUUUCAGAUUGAUCAACUGACCGUUUUUAGUCAGUUUUAGUUAUGCUCCCUUUCACACUGUCAAUAACAUUUACAUCAGGUUAGAAUCAGCUCGUCUAUGAAGUAUAUUAUCAUGGCUUAGCAACGCGGCAGAAGUAAUCCUCCCCCUCCCUCCGAUCAUUUAUACGUUAAGAUUUUAGGUAAAGAACCCAAUGAUCAUUGUAAAAUAUCUAUGUAUGUUCUGUAAAGAGACUAGACCACUUAUAGUCGUUCAGAUGAAAAUAAUAUGUUGAAUGAUGUUUCUAACAACCCAUGAGAAGAAUAAGAUGGUACUAAGAACUAUCAACUGUGACAAAGUUUAAAUCAUGGUUUGCUCUCUUUUGAUACUGUUGCUUUCUCGUAAGAGCAGGUGCUAAAGUUACCAAUGUUGACUCAGAGGAGUGAUACUCAAAAUGUACAUGAUUUUGACGUAUACUCAGCAUACAUUGGGAGCUUUUUGUCACCAGGUACUUUCUCUGACUUGAAUGAUGAAGAAAAUUAAUGUUAAUAUUACAAGACACCUCCAAAGUACUUUAAGUCUUAUCUCGGUAGCCUUUAAUUUAGCUGCAUGUUGGUUGGACUUGUAUUUACCAUGUAACAACACAUGUGUGAGUGCCUCUGAUUAUGUUCUCCAUUGUUAUGGUAUCUAUCUCUCUUAAAAAGCAUCUUUUGUUUUUCAUUAUUAUUGUUUUAGUUCAUGAGAUUUUCCUGUUUGAUUAUUAGGGUAAAAUAAGUGCUGUUGCAGUGAUCUGGACGUCGUAUUUUUCAACUAAAAACUUUAGGGUUGAACGCACACUGAGUACAAAAAUAGUUAAGUUCAUUCCAAUGAUCAUGCGUUAUUGCUUAUUCUUUCUUUUUAACGAUUGCUCUUGUAAAGUUAUGUCUUUCACUCAAUAUACAGUUUUUUCUUUAAAAGUUCUAAUUAAAUUUCAAGAAAAUUAUAUUCUUUCAGUCAGAGUAGAAUCAUCAUUGUUCAUUUUAUCUGAUUUGGUUGAACUCCAAAACUUUGCAAAAGCCCAAUAAUUUUAAGGUAAUUUUGAUAUACUAUCAGAACUCUUUGAUUACAUAUUUGAAACAUACAGCAUAAAAAUCUGAGGCAGUGACCAUUACUCAACCUUUUCAUGAUGCAAGCUGAAAGUCAUCAUCAGUGCUCAGGUGGCAUGGAUUGGGCAAAAGUUCCCUAAUUUUCCCCUCAAAAUUAUUCUCCGCCUUUAAAAAUUUCUGGACAAAUGAUUUUUAGGCUUUUGACCCAAGAAAACUUAAAAAAUUCAUCUUAUAACAUGUGGCAAAUCAAGGAAACGUUUCAGCUCACAGGAAGGCACUCGUGUAAGGACAAGUCAUAAAUAUAGCUGCUGCAUAUCUAAGAAAUUCUGAUGGAGCGUUCUCUCUCUCUCUCUCUCUCUCUCUCUCUCUCUGUUUUUAAUUGUAACAUAAAAGUAAGUGACUGCUUAAUUUAAGAUAACUACAAAGUAAACUAAUAAUUAUUUAGUAAUUGCAUUGUGAUACCUAUUUUUACAAUAAGUUACAAAAUCACACUCUGACGGUAAUUUUUAAGAUUUUUGUCUGUUAGACUGGAUUUUUCUUCGUUCUUUUGUUUCUAUUGUUUUGUUAAAACUGUUUCAAGUCGGCUUUCUAGUUUUGACUAUUACAAAUCAUUAUCAAUUAAAA